GGUACACAGGGGGAUGAUUGAUUACUGGCAAAACGGCCCUUUUGUUAUAUUUAAUGGAAUAUUUCCAAAUCAAAAUUUAAUUACGUUUUAUUCUUCUUAAAAAAUAAAGUUUAUUAAAUUCGUGAACAGUAAAAAAAUAAAUGAUUCUUAUUGCUCAAUUAGUGGCCAAAUGAAACUAUUCUGAACAUAGAAAUUUCGUAAAAAGGCUGACUACUGGUGCCUUUACCCUACAAAUGUGGAGACAGAAGUGGAAUUCAUAUUCGUCCGAGUUUUCUAUUAAGAGAAUGUCCCCUCGAAUCGAAGUGUAUAAACGCUAAACCUAGAUUGAGCAAGUAUUUUCUAUAACAAGAUGUAUUUAUUCACAAAGAUAUCUUGGACUUUUUGUGUAAAAUUUAAUAAGCUUUAAUGUUGUGUCUUACACCAUAUUUUCCUAGAUUGACGUAGAUUAAGAGUACAAUGCGAAUUUCUCCAGGAUGGUACACAUUUUUCAAGAUGGCUGCGAUUCUUCGAGGUCCCCAAAUGUCAAAUGGUGUGGACAUGAAAAAGGGGCAUUUAAUUUACAUACAUACCAAAUUUCAGGACUGUUCCAGAAAUUUCGAGGUUUGUUCUAUUCCGAUUGUGCUAUACAUGAAUUUCAUUACUGCUGUGUAUGCAUUUUAUCCACCCACCCUGUCAUUCUAAUACGUUUUAAUAAAAGCGCCCUCUUGUGGGUUUUGCUCGUACCUUAUUGAACAUUACACAGAUACGCGAAGUUCGCUGACAUGGCCCAGAUGGCGACACUGAAACCGGAUGCUAAUGACCAAAAUAGUAUCUUUAAAAUAUAUAUUCCAUUAUUUAUUUUAUUAAACUACCUUCAGUAUAUGUCAAAAAAUGUGCUUUUGUAAAAGUUAAUUACUAUUGUUUUAACCAAUGAAAACAUUCAGUAUCGGUUUGCUAUUCAACUCAUAAAGAAUGACCUACAUUCGGAGCCCUUGUGAAAGGAUUGUGCAAUAGAAACGGUCAUUUAUUACACAACGCAGCGUAUUCAUAAGCAAACCGAGUAAUUUUACCUGUAUUAUACAUUGCCUUUAAGUUACAAUGAAUAUGAUAAAACAAAAUUAAUAUAUACUUUUUUUAUAAUACCCUUAGUAAUAAAAACAACAAAUACAUUUUACUGUUAAUACAAAGACUUAUAUUUAUUAUUCCUGAUUUACAAUCUUUUUCUUGUAAAUAGGUCAUGACACACUUUUGAUCAAAAUUAGGUUAAUUUCCUACUGCCCUUUACCGAUUUAUUUCAAUGUCAGUCAUGAGUACGGUAGCUCCAUUGAAUUGUAUCAAGUUAUGUCGGAAUACCAAAGUAUAAGUGAAGUGCCCCAGAGACCUACAUUUCGUUUAUAAGCGAUUUUAAAACAUAUAAUAUACUGUUUUACGCUGUGAGUGAAAUAUAUAAAUUACUUAGAUAUAAUUCGGUGGCCUCGUUGUGUCGUUCUUUUACGAUGCACGAAGACGCUCCAAAAAUGAGUGUUACGCAGAGUUUGGCCGCCUCAACGAGCCAGCCGAAAAGCGAGCUCGUGUCGGAAGUGCCAGUGGAGUACGACAUUAUGAGCUCCACAGACGCCAAACCGCCGGAGCAUUUAGAUAUAGACAUUCAGGUCGCGUAUGUGGACCCUUCUACCGGCGCCGGCGGCGAGGCUGGGGCUUACCUCCCGGCGACCGGGGCGGUGUGCGACCAGACCGACACCAAGGAUGUCAUCGAAGAACUAUGUCCCGUGUGCGGAGACAAAGUCAGUGGAUACCACUAUGGCCUGCUCACAUGCGAGUCAUGUAAAGGAUUUUUCAAGCGGACCGUACAAAAUAAGAAGGUGUACACAUGCGUCGCAGAACGAGCAUGUCAUAUAGACAAGACACAGAGGAAACGCUGUCCGUUUUGCCGAUUUCAGAAGUGUCUGGAUGUUGGCAUGAAACUUGAAGCUGUUCGAGCAGACCGUAUGCGGGGAGGGCGAAACAAAUUUGGCCCUAUGUACAAACGAGACCGCGCUCGCAAGCUUCAAAUGAUGCGACAGAGGCAGAUAGCAGUGCAAACACUGCGAGGAUCGAUCGGAGACGGUAGCCUCGUACUAGGCUUCGGCUCUCCCUACGCGUCAGUGCCAGUGAAGCAGGAGAUUCAGAUACCGCAGGUGUCAUCGCUGACGUCGUCGCCGGAGUCGUCGCCGGGCCCGGCGCUGCUGGCCGCGCAGCCGCAGCCGCAGCAGCCGCCGCCGCCUCCCGCGCACGACAAGUGGGAGGCGCACUCGCCACACUCAGCGUCGCCUGACGCCUUCGCCUUCGACGCUCCCGCCACCAACGCCGCCACGCCCUCCAGCACCGCCGAGCCCACGAGCACGGAAACCCUGCGAGUCUCGCCCAUGAUCCGCGAAUUCGUCCAGACGAUUGACGACCGCGAGUGGCAGAACUCACUCUUCGGACUCUUGCAGAGCCAAACUUAUAACCAGUGCGAAGUUGAUCUCUUCGAGUUAAUGUGUAAAGUGCUGGACCAAAACUUGUUCUCUCAAGUGGACUGGGCGCGAAACACCGUGUUCUUUAAGUAUUUAAAGGUUGACGAUCAAAUGAAGCUGCUACAGAACUCGUGGUCGGAUAUGCUGGUGCUGGACCACUUGCACCAGCGCAUGCACAACGGGCUGCCGGACGAGACGACGCUGCACAACGGCCAGAAGUUCGACCUCAUCUGCUUGGGGCUGCUAGGAGUGCCCGCGCUGGCCGACCAUUUCAACGAGCUGCAGAACAAACUGGCCGAACUCAAAUUCGACGUUCCAGACUACAUCUGUGUUAAAUUCCUACUUCUGCUUAAUCCCGACGUGAGGGGCAUCGUGAACGUCAAGUGCGUUCGUGAUGGCUACCAGACGGUGCAAGCAGCGCUUCUAGAUUACACGCUCACCUGCUAUCCAAAUAUACAGGACAAGUUCGGCAAGCUGGUGACCGUGGUGCCGGAGAUCCACGCGCUGGCGUCGCGCGGCGAGGAGCACCUGUAUCAGCGGCACUGCGCGGGCCAGGCGCCCACGCAGACGCUACUCAUGGAGAUGCUCCACGCGAAACGCAAGCCGAACGGAGGCGAUAUGGUUAACCGGAGUGCCGAGCACACGUCGACCCUAGACCGAUUGUGCGGUUUCCUGCCAAGCGACGCCAUUGAGCCGCAUUCGCCCAUUUAGAAUCUUGAAGUCCCAGUGAAGGGUAAGGUUAAGACCGAAGAAGCGCCAAGCGCCCCGACACCACAUCAGAUAUAACGUUGUUCGACAAACUUUACUUAUUAACUUAGCUUUAGUUUGUAAUUUGGUGUGUGAUUAAAUAAGUUAUUGCGCUGAGCGCCGGCCGGUCGGUGCGGCGCGUGCCUAGUCCGAAUACAUAAAACAAAUAUUUAUCUACCUAAUAUCUAUAUAACAUGAAUACAGUAAUAUUUAUUUUACAAUAUGUCGUCUUAAUUCAAAUGUGAAUCCAAAUUAUAAUCAGCAAAUUAUACGCUCGGCCAUUUAGAUGUAGCGAAACUAUGGUCAGACGAAUUCUUAAGCCAAGCCAAAUAAUACAAAUAUUGUUCUUGCCUCUUGCGUUUCCUUGGUUGUUUGCUUACAUUUAAUGGCACAACAGUCGGGUAUCAAGCCGGCCGGAUCCAGUAAAAACAAGACAAGUCUGUCAUUGAAGACACUAAAAUAUUGGCUCUAGACUAGACUCAAUAAGUCAAGGUUUGGCCAGCUGAGUUCAUCAACUAUAAUCUUGCCAGAUGCGUGGUGACUCGCAGGGAGUAUGUGGUUUACCACCGAAAUAGGCUAAAGUCAGCCACCUGAAGGCGCAUAAUUCUCAUGAACGCUGCUCUUACGAAUCCUUUAGAGCAUUAUCCUUAAUCAGAUUCCACGAUUAACCGUACAUGCAAUUUAAGUAAACGCAACGCAUGAAUAAGAAUAAUGAAGAGAUUUGUGUAACUUCUGGGUCAAAUACGAAAUAAUUCUAGUGUAUCGAUGGCUUGGCUUCUUUAGCAUAUUCACUAAAAAUAUUUUAUAUUGUAAAUACAUGUCUUAACUGUAGAUUCUUUGGACUUUGUUGCUUAGUGAAGAGAAAUAUUACAUACAUAUUUUAGGAAAGCGUCUGUGAUUAUAAACGAAGAAAUUUGAUGAAAAACCGUUUUUAAUGUUAGUUGAAAAAUAUGUAUAAUAAUAGUUGUUAGUUUUAUUACGGUAACUAUAGUACGAGCAUGUUUGGUUUUACGCGCUACUGCUAGCGCCGCCUUUUCAUCUAUUGUUCAACAUUAUAAAUACACAAUGAAUUGAUUAUUUUAGUAAUUUUGAAGCACUUAACAAGUAGUAAAGUGUGUGUUCUAUGGUGAUAUAUUGUAUAGCUCACGCGGUCAGCACGACGUAGCACGUCGGCGGACCGCGCCGACAAGCCCGCGCCAGCGCGGCGGCUUUUAGGAUUCACUAUUGCAGAUUUUAUUGAGAGUUGGCAUGUAACAUUUUAAAAGUUUUAUUCUAACUAUAAGACCAAUUGUGCAAAGUUAAAUUCGUGUUUAAAAUUAACCCUCAAAUAUUUAUAUUUGUUGUAUUAUAAUGUCAAAUUAUGUUUAUCGGCCAUACCAGUACAAAUUAUAAUCCUUGUUAAAACUAACUAGCACAUUUACAGUGAUUAAAUAUACUUAUACUAUUAUAAAUUAUGUAAAUUAACCUUCAUCGUACCUACUGAAAGAAGCCUUAAAAAUCAUAGAUUUUUAAAAGAUAAUAUGGGUACUAGUUUCUACUGGCCAACGGCCAAGGAAAAUGAUGUAUUUUUAUAAAAAAUAUUGUUCUUUAUUAACAUAUAAAAUAUGUUAAAAUGAAAGUACAUUAUUUCGUAUUUUUCUAUCAUAUAGUAGUGUACGUAAAGAAAUUAAAUGAUCAAUCUGUAAGUGAAAGUGGUUAUAUAUAAUAUUGUUAUCACUGUGUAUUAUGUAGGUACCUGCGCUGCAAUUUCUUUUGGGAUCUUUUAUUUUUGUAACAUAAGGUUAGUAGAGCGACGGGCGCCGCGCCCCGCCCGGGCGGCACCCGCCGCGACGGGUCGCGGCAGCCGCCGCAGCGCGCGCCUCUGUGCGUCGUGUCUAGUUCGGAUGAAUUAAUUAAUCGAAAAUGUGAUUGACGGUUUGUGUAAGUAAAUGUUAAUAUUAUAUACCUAUAUUAUAGUGUCAUUGCACCAAGUGCGACGGUACCGUAAGCCGCAUCAACGAGUAGUAGAUUAGUACAUGUUGGGUAAUAUUAUUUUCAUAUUUGACUUUGCGGCUCUUAUAUAAAAUUAUUGCACCGUGUUUUAUAUUUAAUACCGUCCAGUGAACACUGUAAAUUUAUUCUCAUGACAUAUUUUAGAGAUUUAUUUGAGUUUAGUAAUAGCGAAAAUUUAAGUAAUGAUCCAGUGGUAAUAAACGGACCGACAGGAACAUUUCGGAAAUCUAUUCAUUAGCUACAGUUUUUCGCACACGUUUUAUUCACGAGCAUUAAAUACUGCUUCCGUCUUAGCCUUAGUAGUAUCAGAUAUAGUAAAAACAUAGCAUACAUUGCAAAACAGUGGCACAUAGAAUGGUUUAACGAACAAUUGGGGUUUUUAUAAUGUUUGUGACACAAUACGAAGAGUUCCUCUCGAUCCGUCGUACAACCUGGCCGCCCGAGACAGAGUGCGACACUGCACUAUCUCAUAAUUAGUGAUACCUACUGGUCCGAGUCACCUUGCUAAUAAUUUAGUUUGCAGCAGAACAAUAGUUACCACCUAUUGUUGAUAUAUGUUAGACAUAUAUACACAUAGCAACCCGACAAGUACUGUAUGAAGGGUAGUACCUGCUUUAAAGUAACUGUUAAAAAAAAGUUCCUUCUAAUGUUGUUGUGGUAAUUUUAUUACAAAAACAUUACCUCCUGUGUCAUUGAACAACCGAAUAAUAUUUUAUUGUAUGUAGGUAUAUCGCAUAAAAGUUUUGCAAGUUUGUAAGUUACGUCGCACGUUUGUUGAACGUCCAUCCCCACUUGUAACCACGUACGAUCAGUUUCAGUUAUCGUGUAGCUCUUCUAUUACUAACACUCUGCUAGCGGUUAGUCAUGUUUUUAUAGAUGCUUUAUCAUUUUAUAUUCCGUAUUCCUUUUUUUUUUUUAUUAUCAUUUAAUUAUCAUGUAAUAGGUUCAGGGAAGUUUUGAUUAGUGAAGGGAUUCUUAUAUCCAGUUUUGAUCUGCAACCAGCAGGGGCUGGGCCGAUGUAAUCUGUGAUGGUAUAUUUAUGGUAUAGUGCAAUAGGCGUUGCGGCUCUUGCCUGGCUAGAUGAAUGGGAUACUCCUAAGCUGUGCCGAGCCUGUCCGGGCUGGGUACUUAUGGUAUAGACGCCCGACUGACUCUAAAGUUCACUAGCUCUCCUACCUUCUUGAAUAAAAUAUCUACUUUCAAACCAUUUAUACCACAAUUUUUGAUUCCUGUGCUGUUUAUUUAAUUUUACCGAAUAUGUUACCAUUUAUACAGUAUUUAUUUGUACGUGAUUUUGCAGUUUAAUAUUUAACGUAACAGUAUUAAUGUUUUAUACCAGAUAUAUUCCGUGUACCGCGCUAAUACGGGGAAUCAAGUAUUGUUGUAUCGUGAGUGAUGACUGCCAUAUAAAGUACAGUUCAAGAGAAAUCUAAUUACCAGCAUAUACCUAGUUGAUCUUACAUAUGUUAGGAAAUAUAUAACAUGAUUUAAGACUAUUAUAUGUAAUAUCUAGGUACCUUCUAUUUUGAAAGGAGUUUUAGUGAGACAGUUUGUAAUAACUUAUGUUCCGGUGUAAAGUGAUAUGACACGAGCAGAUCGGGGUAGCGCGGAGCUGUACAAGCCUCGGAGCGACACACGCUUUUUACAGGGAUAGACCAGUGGAACUUGUUUUAUAAUUAUAUUUUAAUAUAAUUGCCAUGUUUUAUUGUGUCGAUCCGAAACGCGCGUAAAUCAUACAUAGGUACCGACGGUACGGUACUCGGGUGUCUAAUCUACGCGACAAUCUUGCGUUGGCUCCGAGACCCACGAGUUUUGGGUACAAACAUGUAUGUUUUUGUGAUAUUAUAAAAUCGCGUGUUGUUGUUACUUUAAACGUGAAAUGCAUGGUGAAGUGCAUGGUUACAGAGUGGCGUGCCAUUAGUUAGGUAAUUGUACAGGGUUCGCGACAGUGUUGGUCGGGAGACGCCCUUCCAUUCUCCACAAGUACAAUAUUUCUGUUUUCUCGAUGGAACUACUAAUUUAGACAAUAAACGGUUCAACAAUAAGGUGCCAGUGUUCAUAAGUUAAUUUUAGCUUCAGUUAGUCAGUUAAAUCGCUAUUUCACUUUUUGUUAUCUGCUUAUUUUUAUCGACAACAAUUUCAUUAUUGAGUAAGAGUUAUUCUAUACAUAUAAACAUUAAACCUACUAUUUACUUUUUAAAGUUAGGUUGUAAUAUAUAGAUUAAAGUUGUAUUUUAAUGUCUGUGUAAGGAAUAUCUAUAUUUAUAAAAUACAAAGUAAGUACAUAUUUGAAAAUAUACACUUGAUGUGUUAUAAAUGUACAUUUGAGUUGAGUUGUAAGCGAUGAGUGGUCAGGCGGAGUCGCUUCGCUCAGAUUCGGCGACGACACGUGCGCGUGCGCGUCGCACACAUUCCAAAAUAACGCUAAUGGUAACGCUACAUGAGGCGAUCCAAUUUGUAAGUUAACCACUUUGUUGUUCAUUAACGAUAAGUUAGAUUUAAUCUCAGUCGAUGUGUUGUUUAACUUUAAUCUGUGUAUAGUAUUCUCUCGGUUAAGUUUUUGUGAGGACGUGAAUUUGAGCGAAUUGACAUGCCGUUGCCUGGAGGGUUCAUAUUAGCUAAUAAGUCUUUUAAGGACCUAAGCAUUCAUUUCUGUUGCACCUAACUUUAUUUUGCGAGCCUGUAAGUCCUGAUCCAUGAAUAUUGUAAAUAUAGUUAGGUCAACGUAAACAGUUUUACUCGAGCUAUUAAAAGGUUAUUUUAUUGUUGAUUCUGAUUAUUCUGAAUAAUGGGCUAAAGGAUACCAAUGCAAUUCGCAUUUGCUGUUAGUGUGUUAAAAUUGUUCUACUUGAUGCGAUACAGUAUACGGCUGUUUACGUGUCACUGUGGUCUGAGGGCGAGGAACGCACCUCGCAACUCGGCGGCCCAGCCGCUCGACGUAUCAUAAUAUACAUAAGUACACCUCUAAGUUACGCCAUACUGGCUUGUUGUAAGGCUGACGCAUUCUGACUGAACGUAGGCGAUGUGAUCGCUGUUGUUGUGGCUUCAAAACGGAAUGUAGCAUCACACUAUUUUGUCUAAGCAUCACUAUUACCUUGUUAAUUCAAACAUAUGCCUUUAUUAAAAUAAUUAUCCACGGGCGUGAUACACAUUACUCAAUACAGUUUGUAAAUAUACUCUUAAAUGAACGCUCGUUCGGUAAUGAAUCUAUGCCCAUUAUUUGCCAUAGAUGUCAAAUAUUUGAUACCAAAACUAUAUUUGUGUUCGAUUGACAGGUAGGAAACUAAUGCUAUUUCCUUGUCAUUCUUUAGGUACAUUUUUUUAUUUUUUACUGUUAUUUAAAGUUUAUAUUUAUUGUGCUCUUAAGCUCUUCUUUCCAACGCGAAUAAGAAAUAUUUAAUAGAAAACAUACACAUAGAUUCUAGUUUUAACAGUGGUUACUUCCCGUCUGCGGACUUAAGACGACUUACCUAGUAGUAUAAUUUUGAAUUUAAAGUACGUUUUGAUGUCACUGCAAUACACUUUCAGUUAGAGUGGAUUCGCCGGGAUAAAGUACUAUAGCCACGCUACACUGUGUCAUUACCUCACAUUACGUCUUUUAUACCAUUAUAAGGUAAAAUAGUUAAUGUUGUCACUAAAUCUUUAAACUUAUUUUAAUUGUAAAUUUUGUUUAGAGAUGUCUAAGUUUGUAAUUGUAAACACGACCUAUUUUUAGUCGGCAACAUAGAUACAUGUAAAGCGGCGCGCCGUUUGGGCUGUGUGUCGCUGUGUAUUUAUUUCCAUGGUGAUCAAGAAACAUUGUGAGACGCUCGCGCGCGCCGGCGGCGGGAGCCACGCUCUCGCCGCCCGCACCGCCCGUUAUUGUAGAAAUAAAUGAUAUUUUCGUUUACA